CUCCUCACCAAAUCACACCCAUUCUCUCUCUCCAAAAUCUCUUCUCUCUCUCUCUCUAACCAAAUGGGUAGCAUUGAUAUUAAUGAACAAACUAGUGAUUUUCUUUGUGUGAAAGGUGAUCCAUUGAACUGGGGGAUGGCGGCUGAAUCAUUGAAGGGGAGUCACCUUGAUGAGGUGAAGAGGAUGGUGGGUGAGUUUAGGACCCAUGUGGUCAGGCUUGGUGGGGAGACAUUGACCGUAUCGCAGGUCGCUGCGAUCGCAGCAGCCGCGGACAGCUCCGCGGUUAAAGUGGAGCUGUCCGAGGCUGCUAGGGAAGGCGUGAAGGCGAGUAGUGAUUGGGUGAUGGAGAGUAUGAAUAAAGGGACGGAUAGUUAUGGUGUUACUACUGGCUUUGGUGCUACUUCUCAUAGGAGAACUAAAGAAGGUGGUGCUCUUCAGAAGGAACUUAUUAGAUUCUUGAACGCCGGAAUAUUCGGUAACGGCACAGAAUCAAGCCACACGCUGCCACACUCCGCCACAAGGGCCGCCAUGCUGGUGAGAAUCAACACCCUCCUCCAGGGUUACUCCGGCAUCCGCUUCGAAAUCUUGGAAGCCAUCACUAAACUCCUCAACAACAACAUCACCCCUUGUCUACCCCUCCGUGGUACCAUCACCGCCUCCGGUGACCUUGUUCCCUUGUCCUACAUCGCCGGUCUUCUCACCGGCCGGUCCAAUUCCAAAGCAGUUGGACCGACUGGACAUAUCCUCAACGCCGAAAAGGCGUUUUCGGAAGCCGGUAUCACUGGUGGAUUCUUUGAAUUACAGCCUAAAGAAGGGCUGGCACUAGUCAACGGUACCGCGGUUGGAUCCGGGAUGGCUUCGAUGGUCCUUUUCGAAGCUAACGUUCUUGCAUUGUUGUCGGAAGUGUUAUCGGCUAUUUUCGCCGAAGUUAUGCAAGGGAAACCCGAGUUUACGGACCACUUGACUCAUAAACUGAAGCAUCAUCCGGGUCAAAUAGAGGCUGCAGCCAUCAUGGAGUACAUUUUGGAUGGUAGUGAUUACGUUAAAGCCGCGCAAAAGGUCCACGAAAUGGACCCGUUACAAAAGCCCAAACAGGACCGUUACGCGCUUCGCACUUCGCCCCAAUGGCUCGGCCCACAAAUCGAAGUCAUUCGCUCCGCCACCAAAAUGAUCGAAAGGGAAAUCAACUCCGUUAACGACAACCCGUUAAUCGACGUUUCGAGGAACAAAGCGUUACACGGUGGAAACUUCCAAGGAACCCCAAUUGGUGUUUCAAUGGAUAACACACGUUUGGCGAUUGCCGCGAUUGGAAAACUCAUGUUCGCGCAAUUCUCCGAGCUUGUGAACGAUUUCUACAACAACGGGUUACCUUCGAAUCUCACGGGUGGGCGUAACCCGAGCUUGGAUUACGGGUUUAAAGGUGGAGAGAUUGCAAUGGCAUCUUACUGUUCGGAGCUCCAGUUUCUUGCGAAUCCGGUUACAAACCAUGUCCAAAGCGCGGAACAACAUAACCAAGAUGUUAACUCUUUGGGAUUAAUUUCGGCUCGAAAAACAGCCGAAGCGGUCGACAUCUUAAAGCUCAUGUCAUCAACAUACUUAGUAGCUUUAUGCCAAUCGAUCGACUUGAGGCAUUUGGAAGAGAACCUGAAAGCAACGGUCAAGAACACCGUAAGCCAAGUAGCCAAAAAGGUCCUAACCACAGGGGUCAACGGCGAGCUCCACCCGUCUAGAUUCUGCGAAAAAGACUUGCUUCGUGUCGUCGACCGGGAGCACGUAUUCACCUACAUCGACGACCCAUGUCUCGCCACAUACCCGUUGAUGGAGAAGCUCCGACAUGUGUUGGUCGAACACGCUUUGAAAAACGGAGACGGGGAGAAAGACGUAGCAACGUCAAUCUUCCAAAAGAUAGUUGAUUUUGAGGCGGAAUUGAAUACCCUUUUGCCUAAAGAGGUGGAGGAGGUUCGGACGGCGUUUGAAAGUGGCUCGUUGUUGAUCCCGAACAGGAUCAAGGCGUGCAGGUCGUACCCGUUGUACAGGUUCGUGCGGGAGGAGCUUGGAAGCGUGUACUUGACUGGAGAGAAGGUGACUUCACCGGGAGAGGAGUUCGAUAAGGUGUUUACGGCGAUUUGCAAGGGGGAGAUUAUUGAUCCGUUGUUGGAGUGUGUUGAAGGGUGGGAUGGUGUUCCGCUACCUAUUUGUUAGUUGAUGUUUUGUUGAUACAUUUAUGGUUGGGUUUGUAAUUGUUAUGUGAAGAAAUGUGUAUUACUGUUUUGUUUCUAAGUUUACGUUUUGUGUCAUAGUUCAACAAAGUGUAAAUUUGUAUACUUACCCUAUGUUGAAAUAUCUACGGGUGAUAUAAAUGAGUUUUCAGAUUCGGAUAUGAAUUUUAACA